UGUUGGACUGGUAAUUUUUUCUUCGGACUGGUUGAAAUUAUACCCCAUCAGUCUGACUGGACUGGUGACAUAAAAAGUUAGCUUCAAGCCCUGUUAUGCAGUUUUUCCUUAUGCGAACAGAAUAUUGGCCACAAUGGAGGGAGUUGAAUACUACAGAGCGAAGCACAAGUACGUACCCAACGAAAUAGACGAUGCGGAGGUCGCCGACCAGAUCCCAGACAUCCCGCUGGACAAGGACGAUGUCUUAGAGGUCAAACUCCCGAUUAAUGACGACAUUCAGAAUCCAAAAGGCUGGCUGAUUGGCUACAACCAGAACCAGAAGAUGUGUGGAUAUUUCCCAGGACCUUAUGUUGAACACAUCACCCCCCAGAUGAUUCAACAGGCCCCACAAAUUGAUUUACCCAAGAUUCCCCAUCGCCUGGUGAACAUCUACGUCGUUCAGCCGAUCCUGUGUCAUUUCUGCGAGGAUUAUAUGUGGGGAUGUGGACAGAUCGGCAAAAAGUGUGAAGGAUGUGGAAAAUGUUGUCACAAUAAUUGUUGGAGUGCACCUGAGAACACCCACUGUCAGAGGGAGAGAGUGACCAACCUACCCAUUACCUUCGACAAAGAGCAGCCGAUUGAGAAGUGGAGCAACCGUAAUGUUGUGGAUCUUCUAGCAUGUCUAAACCUCUACAGAUAUGCCCAGCUCUUCAAGGACAAGAAGAUAAACGGAGCACAGCUCAAAGCAAUGAGCAAGGAGGACUUGCAGGAUAUUGGCAUUAAAGAUCCGUUUCACCAGUCAGCUCUCCUAGUGUGUUUCGAUGAACUUUGUGGACGGGAUUCUGAUGAGCAACCUUAUGCCACCAGCCUGCCACCACCACCUGGGACUCAGUGUCUUGACAUGGAAGCCUCUGGAUGCGGCGGUGCAGGGGCCUCUGAACAGCAUCGCUUCUCCGAGUACAGCUUUUCCUCCAUGCAGCGAUGCCAUCUUUGUGACAAGUUUCUGUAUGGCCUGAUGAGGCAGGGCCUCCAGUGUAGAGAAUGUGGAAUGUGCUGUCACCGGUACUGCUCGGCCACUCAUCAAACUGAGUGCAAUGUGCCAAAACUUGAGAGAUUAAGGCGACCAAGUUUCUCUCAGAAUUCCAGUUUUGGGGCAGAGUUGACAGAAGAAGUACCGAAGUCUCAGUAUGGAGCACCGUGGGUCGUCGUCAAAUGCACAGAAGAAGUGGAGAAAUGGUGCCGCAACCACCAGGCAGAAUCUCUAAGUGUGUACAGAAUGUUUGCCAAAACAGAAGAAAUAAAUGCCAUCAAACUGGAAUUCAAUAUGGUAGAUGACCCUUCCCAGAUGAGCCUUGGUUCCCACAAUGUCCACUGUGUGGCAGGGGUGCUGAAAAAAUAUCUGAGGGAGCUCCCUAAUCCUGUGAUCCCCGUGGAAAUGUACCCCCAUUUCAUCUUAGCAGCCAAGAACCCCAGCUCUCGGACACUCUCUGACCUGAUUGAUGGGCUACCCAGGGACCACAAGUCCACUCUCGAGUACCUAAUGGCCCACUUUUUGAGACUGUGGCAGAUCCAACAUGAGUCAGGGGUGGCAGACGGACUAGACAAACUCUCCCAUGUCUUCUGCCACAUUCUGCUGAGGCCACCGUGGGAAAGAAUUAUAGAAAUCGUGGAAAAUACCAAACUCCACAUAGAAAUCUUUGAAGAGUUGCUCAAGAACGGCUCCUGGGGUGAAGUUGCACCCCCCACACCUCCACCCCCACAGCCAAGGCCCAAGUCCCCCUUACAGGAUUCACCAAUGUCUGCCCAGGAGAAACUCAAGGAAGCGGAGUGGUACUGGGGAAAAAUUUCCAGGGAAGAAGUGAAUGAACUUUUGUGUGAUAAAUCGGAUGGGCAUUUUUUAGUUCGGGAGGCCACAACCCCCGGGGAUUAUACCUUAACCCUCAGAAAGGGGGGCACCAACAAACUCAUCAAAAUCUACCACAAGGAUGGAAAAUAUGGCUUUGUGGAGCCCUUGACAUUUGAUUCUGUGGUGGAAUUAGUGCAGUUUUACAAAAAUACCUCACUAGCAAUUUAUAACAAGACUCUGGAUACCAAGCUGUUACACCCUGUAUCCAAUAGGAAUCAGCAGGAUGGACCCUCACUGGUGGACAAAACUGAACAAAUGGAAAAACUAAAGCAAGUCCACCAUGAACAUCAGACCAAGAUGGAGGAGUACGAUCGUCUGUACGAGACUCACUCAAAACUGAACCAGGAACUCCAGCUUAAACACCAGGCACUGGAUGCCUUCAAGGAGACUGUUAUCGUGUUCAAAGAACAGAUGGAGCUACAUAGGCGCCACCAUGGCGAGGUUCCCAUGCACGAACUCCAAAAGUUAUCAGAGAAUUAUGAAUUACUAAAAAGUCGGUGGUUAAGCAUACAGGAAAGCAAGCAAGCUCUAGAGAUCGACAUCAACAAGAAAACUGUGCUAAAUCGAUCUCUGAUCAGUGACAUGAACAGCCUUCGACCCGAAAUCAAGAGACUGCACAAACAACGAGAGCAAAUCCGUAAACUUCUGCAAGAUAAUGGUAUGUCCAUGGAGCACCUUGACGAUAUCCUGGAGAACCAGCCAUCGCAGGGAAAGGAAGUGGGACUGAACAGCAAAACUAUGAAUCUUUGGUACGUGGAAGUCAAUAGACAAGAUGCAGAAAACCUGCUGCGAAACCAGCGAGAUGGAACUUUCCUGAUCCGACCACGAGCUGGUGACCCGACCAGCAAGCAUGCCCUGUCUAUUGUUUGCAAUGGUAGUGUGGGCCACUGCAAGAUAUACCAGAACAACAAUGGGUGUUAUGGCUUUACGGAGGGAAAUCUGGACAAGUCAUCACUGAUUGAACUUGUGGACCACUACAGUCGUGAAUCCCUAAAGGAGCACAAUCCCAGUCUGGAUAUUCGACUGAUUUAUCCAGUGUUCGAGGGCCACGAUGAUAACACGGGAGUCUACCUCCACAUGCAGCAAGACUGAGAAAGGAACCACUGACUGCAUAAUCCACAGAAAUCCUGCAGUACAGGCAGGUGCUACCCAAUGUGUAAUGUCUUUCAUUAUUGGUUGACCUACCGAGGGUCACCAUGACGACAAGAGACGUCUGCAGUAAUUUGUGCUCAGUGAAGCGUGACAUAAUGAUGUUAUGGCAGAUCGUGCAAUGCCGCAGUGAUUAAAAUUUUCAUCGUAGAAGCUCCUGCGUUCAAAAUGUGAUAUAAUCCAAGGAAAAAAACACAAACAAGAUACCAAGGAUCUGUGUAUAACUAGUGCAUGGAUUUGUGUAUAACUAGUGCAUGGAUCCUUGAAAACACUAAACAGUGCUAGUCAUACAUGUUCAAAUGGCUGACAGAUUAUAGUGAGAGAGGUUUGAGUGGCAGAGUAUUGGAGCAUUCUAGUAUUCACAUUCAAAAUUUUGUCUUGUCCCAGCAUUGAACAAUAAUGGGAGUAUACAUCAUCAUCCAUGGACCAUUUGUAUCAAGUGAAGUGACUGUCCGAUUGGAUUAACUUGACCUUUAUGUCCUCUGAACUCCAAGACUGUGACGUGUCAUCACCAUAGAAAUAAAAGUUAAAGUUGCUUCAGAGGAUUCAUUCUCUGCAGAAUAUUCUAUAAACUUCAUAGGGCGAAGUGUCAAAUUCUAGAUGCAGUAUAUUUUAAUGAGAUUUUAUUCUUUUAAUAAGUGCUACUAUAAACUGACUUUGUUAGAUGGUCCACGGACUCAGCUGUUUAUUUCUUAACAGUAUCGCCAUUGAUCUUCGUUGUAUGUUUUCUUAUUGGCGCCACCUGGUGUCUGUCUUACAGAACCACCUGUGGUGACAAAUAAAAUUAUGUGCAUAUAAA